AGCAAUCCAUUCUUCAAGACUCUCGACUCAGCCACUCAUCUAUGUGCUCAGCCAAUAGAUUGGUUGGGUCUGUGAUUCUCUUACCAGGAGCCUGGCGCCGCUUCGGUCACAUGAUGAGCAAUGAGAACCUUGCGCGCAAUCAACGAGCGCGCCUGCGCAGACGCACUUUUGAAGGAAACCGGGUAAUGGAUAGUUCUCAAAAAAAAGCAGGAGACUGGAUGGAAACAGGAUCCCUAGAAAUCGGGAAGGGAGUAGGAGGGGAGAGUGGGCGGCUAUUGCUGGAGGUUCAAGGUGGAAUAGAAAAUGCACCAGCAGGAAGAGUGAUAUACUGUACUUACAAGUGGGCUGAAGGGCCGGUGAUCCCGCAGGCAGAGAAACAAAAGCGCCCAGCCUUGAAAUUGCACCGCUUAACUCGCAUGGCAUCGUCGUAAGGCGCCUUGAGACCCUCUUCUACAAGGAGGAAGGAAAGCAAGACCAAGGCUCUGCCGAACAUCACCCCUGUCACCCCUUCCUGUCUCAAAAGCAACACUGGAACAAUCAAGAUCCUUACUGGAUCACCAGUUUUUUCGGGAAGUGGAAAUGGCUGCAACAGAAUGGCCUCAGAAUCCUCUGACUUUUUCAGACGUGGCUCUAUAUUUCACAGAGGGUCAGUGGGCUUUGCUGGAUCAUGAUCAGAGAGCUUUGUACUGGGAAGUCAUGCAAGAAAAUUAUGACCAUGUGGCUUGCUUAGGACUUCCUGGCAUGGCAAUGAAAUUGGAAAAAGAAAAGGAGCCACCGGAUGUGCUUCAGUGGGAAGAAAAUACCUUCCCAGAGUUCACCGUGGGGUCUCCUCCUCAAUCCAGAAGGAACAGGAGAGAAGGAAUAAAAAGAGCAGGAGCAGAUCCGGAACUGGUGACCUUUGAGGAUGUGGCUGUGUGUUUCACGAAGAAGGAGUGGAACCUGCUGGAUUGGAGCCAGAGAUUAUUGUACAAGGAGGUCAUGAUGGAAAACUGUGAGAACGUCUUCUCUCUUGUCUUAAUGCCUGAGCUCAUUUCUGGAACCGUGCAGGGGAAUGCGCGGUGGCUGCCAGAAUCUCAGGAUCUGGGUGGAAUGGUCAUCUUGGAUACCAGAUCAGGUGACUCACUGGCAGAUGAGCAUAAGAACAUGAACAUAUGCAACUGCGGGAAGCAUUUUAGGUACAAACUAGAUCUUGCCAGACACCAAAGGACCCAUGCAGAAGAUGAAUGGCACAUCAGAGAGAAACUCUACAUUUUGUGUGGGGAAAAUUUUGCCCCAAAUAGGGCACUUGCGCUUCACCAGAAAGUUCACAAUGGAAAGAAACUGUUUCGCCCAGAAGUGUCUGGGAAAUUCUGUGCUCGCAAUUCAGGCAUUGCAGGACACCAGAGACUGCACACUAGAGAAAGCUCUUACAAAUGCCAGGAGUGUGGGAAAUGUUUUUCUUGUAAUUCACGGUUUGUGAUCCACCAGAGAGUCCACACGGGAGAAAAACCUCACCAGUGCCAGGAAUGUGGGAAGUGUUUUUCUCAGACUUCAAACCUUGUGACACAUCAGAGAGUUCACACAGGAGAAAAACCAUACAGGUGCCUGGUGUGUGAAAAGUGUUUCGGUUACAAGUCAGAUCUUGUGACCCACCAGAGAGUUCACACAGGAGAAAAACCACACAAGUGUCGGGAGUGUGGGAAAUGUUUUAAUCGCAGUUCAUGCCUUGUGGCGCAUCAAACAGUCCACACAGGAGAAAAACUAUACAAAUGCCUAGAGUGUGGGAAAUGUUUUGCUCAGAAUUCGACCUUUUGGUGUCAUCAGAGAGUCCACACAAGAGAGAAACCAUAUGAAUGCCAAGAGUGUGGGAAGUGUUUUGCUUAUAGGUCUGUCCUUGUGAAGCAUAUGAGGGAGCACACAGGAGAAAAGCCAUACGUAUGCCAGGAGUGUGGGAAGUGUUUUGCUGCCAGUUCGGUGCUUGUCACACAUCAGAGAAUUCAUGCAGGAGAGAAACCAUAUAAAUGCCAACAAUGUGGGAAGUGCUUUGCUUCUAAUAAAGAAGUUGUGAUGCAUCAGAGAGUCCACAGAAGAGAAAAACCAUACAAAUGCAAGGAAUGUGGGAAGUGUUUUGCUUGUAAUUCGUGGCUUGUGACACAUCAAAGAGUUCACACUGGAGAGAAACCAUACAAAUGCCAGGAGUGUGGAAAAUGUUUUUCAAAGAAUUCAACCCUUGUGACCCAUCAGAGGGUUCACACAGGGGAGAAGCCGUACAAAUGCCAGGAGUGUGGGAAAUGUUUUGCCUACAAGUCAGAUCUCGUGGUGCAUCAGAGAGUUCACACGGGAGAGAAACCGCACAAAUGUCAGGAGUGUGAGAAAUGUUUUGCUUACAGGUCAGACCUUGUGAUGCAUCAGAGAACCCACAGAGGAGAAAAACUGUAUAAAUGCCGGGAGUGUGGUCACUGUUAUGCUUACAAGUCAGACCUUGUGACCCAUCAGACUGUCCAUAUGGAAGGGAAACCAUAUAAGUGCCUCGAAUGUGGAAAUUGUUUUGGAUCCAGUCCACAACUUGUAAAACAUCAGAGAAUCCACACAGGAGAGAAACCAUACAUGUGCCAAGAGUGUGAUAGAUGUUUUUUUUCCACUUCGCAGCUUGUAAAACAUCAGAGAAUCCAUACAGGAGAGAAACCAUACAAAUGCCAUGGGUGUGAUAAAUGUUUUGCUUCCAAUAAAGAGCUUGUCAUCCACCAGGGAGUCCACUCAGGAGAGAAACCAUACAAAUGCCUGGAGUGUGGGAAAUGUUUUGCUUGCAGUUCACGGCUUUUAAUGCACCAGAGAGUCCAUACAGGAGAGAAAUCACAUAAAUGCCAGGAGUGUGGGAAGUGUUUUACCUACCGUUCAAACCUUGUGAGCCACCAGAAAGUUCACACAGGAGAAAAACCACAUAAAUGCCAGGAGUGUGGGAAGGGUUUCGUUUAUCGUUCAAACCUUGUGAGCCACCAGAGAAUUCACACAGGAGAAAAACCAUUCCAGUGCAAAGAAUGUGGGAAAUGUUUUGCUCAGAACUCAACCCUUGUCAGACAUCAAAGAAUUCACACAGGAGAAAAACUACAAUAACUCAGUUUUGAUAGUGUUCGAAAGUUUAUUUGGGAACAGAGUUGCGAUUACUUUGGGUACUCGGGGUGCGCGGGGUCAUGUUGUGUCCUUCUCAAUCCAAGAGUCAUUGUACCCCAGCUGCUUCUACCUUGUCAAAUUUGCUAUCAUGGUGGCUCUGAAAAGGAACCUGCUUUCUGUUUUUUAAAAACAUGAAUGUAUUCAGUCUACACCUUGUUUACAAACAGAAUGACACCUUGA